AUUUCCUCUUGGCAAGAUAUACACUUUAUUCAAGAAAUGCUGUUUAGGGUAUUGUGCACAUAAUUAAACCGUACGCCGCGGACAAGAAGAUAGCAACAGUGGUCAACAAUAAACAGUAAAAACAACAACAACAACAACAACAACAGAAAAUGGGUUGCGUUCGUGCUGUAUACUGUGUCGUGUGGUUGUUGAUGACGAUUGGAACUGCAUGUAUAGUAACAAGCCUAGCCACGUCAUAUUGGCGAGGAUAUGGCAACAUACAUGAAGGACUGUUCGAAAAAUGUGAUAGCGAGUGCGAAUUUAUAAAAUUUUUCGAUGAGGGAAGAAGUAAAGAAUUUGAAACCCUCCGCCUGUUAAUGAUGGGUGGUGCAGCUCUUCUUGGUAUUGCAAUGAUACUCAGCAUCAUAUCACCGUGUGUUGAAAAAGAUCUCUUCUUUGCUUUAACGGUGUUAGAUACCAUAGCCUUUUUGUGCUGCGCAAGUGGUAUUGCUAUCUAUACUUAUCACUAUAGCAACAAUUCACUGUAUUCAUGGAAAUGGAGCUUCAUGAUUGGUUGGACUGGUGUUAGCUUGUAUGGAAUGGGUCUUUUUAUGUUGUUUCUAGCUAGUUGUUUGAUAACAGAAGAACAGUAAACACUGUUUGUCUCCGCAAAACUUUAGACGUUCAGCUAGCAAAUUUUUUCUGAGAGACUAUGCUUCUUAAAAUAGAAAUGCCUAAAAAUUUAAACUAUUUUGCUAUAUUAGCAAAUCACCCGUAGUCGUUUAUUGAAACUGAUAAUUAGUUGAUAGUGGACGUGUGGCGCAAAAGAAGUUGAGUUAUUGAGGGCAUAUGGCGCAGGAAGCCAAAACGACAAAGUCUCGACAACAACUAAAGCUAUUGUCCAAAAAAAAUAUAUGUGAAAAAAUAAUAUUAUUAUUAAAAUAGAAGUUUACUGUAUGAAAAUAUGAGAUUUAUAUUA